CCUCGGGCGUCCCCGGCGCGCGGUGAUGACGUCAGGAGGCGGUGCCGCGCCGCGGCCGGAGCGGGCCGAGGUUGUAUGUAGAGUCCUGAACUUCUUCCGUGUGUCCCUUUAAAACGUUUCUUAUUUCUCCACCUGCUUCUCCUGAUGGAAGACUGGCUGGGGUUCCUUUUCUGCUGUUCAUGCUGAGUAGUUGCUUGGAGAGGUGGUGUGUGAGUGAAGGUACACCUGGUGAUGAUUCAGAUGUGGGAAUUGCCCCGGAUGUGGUUGCUGCUGAUGCUCCCCUGGGAACAUGCCUUGAUAGGGAAUUAACACCAGUCAGUGAUGGGCUGUGGGACAAGCAAAGUGCUUCCCGAGCCCCCCAAAGAUGUGCAGCUAGACCUGGUUAAAAAAGUCGAACCUUACACAGGCCACAGUGACAUAUACAAGCAUUUCAUCAAAGAUGACUGCGGGGCUGUCAUCAAAGCUGGCUCUCCCUCCCCUCCGCAUCACGCCAACCCCUAUCCCGGGAACCCCCUGCCCGCCCACCAGCCCGAGCCCCGCAAGAACAAAGUGGCCAAAUACCGCGCCAAGUUCGACCCCCGAGUGACGGCCAAGUACGACAUCAAAGCGCUGAUCGGGAGGGGCAGCUUCAGCCGCGUGGUGCGGGUGGAGCACAAGGCCACCAAGCAGCCCUACGCCAUCAAGAUGAUCGAGACCAAGUACCGGGAAGGGCGGGAGGUGUGCGAGUCGGAGCUGAGCGUCCUGCGGCGCGUCCGCCACACCAACAUCAUCCAGCUCAUCGAGGUGUUCGAGACCCAGGACCGCGUGUACAUGGUCAUGGAGCUGGCCACCGGCGGAGAGCUCUUCGACCGCAUCAUUGCCAAAGGCUCCUUCACCGAGAGGGACGCCACGCGCGUGCUGCAGAUGGUGCUGGAUGGGGUGAGGUACCUGCACACGCUGGGGAUCACCCACCGGGACUUGAAGCCGGAGAACCUGCUGUACUACCACCCAGGAACGGAUUCCAAGAUCAUGAUCACGGACUUUGGGCUGGCGAGCGCGCGGAAGAAGGGAGAUGACUGCCUGAUGAAAACCACGUGUGGCACUCCGGAGUACAUUGCUCCUGAGAUCCUGGUCAGGAAGCCCUACACGAACUCCGUGGACAUGUGGGCGCUGGGAGUGAUCUCGUACAUUCUCCUCAGCGGCACGAUGCCCUUUGAGGACGACAACCGCACCCGCCUGUACCGGCAGAUCCUGAAGGGAAAGUACAGUUACUCAGGCGAGCCCUGGCCCAGUGUGUCCAACCUGGCCAAGGAUUUCAUCGACCGUCUGCUCACGGUGGACCCCAGUGACAGGAUGACGGCCCUUCAGGCCCUGAAGCACCCAUGGGUGGUCAGCAUGGCAGCCUCCUCCUCCAUGAAGAACCUGCACCGUUCCAUCUCGCAAAACCUUCUCAAGAGGGCAUCCUCCCGCUGCCAGAGCACCAAGUCAGCGCAGUCCACCCGCUCCAGCCGCUCCACCAAAUCCAACAAGUCGCGGCGCGUGCGGGAGCGGGAGCUGCGGGAGCUCAACCUGCGCUACCAGCAGCAGUACACGGGCUGAGCUCCGCGCUGGCACCCGCCGCCCGCCCUGCCAGAAGUCUCCUCUGCGCUGGAGGUGUGCACACACUCAGUGAGGAACAGCCAGGUUCCUCCCUCCCUCCCUCCCUCCAGGCAUUCCCCCCAUCCAUGAGGAGGUGUCCCCCCUGUGCGGAGGAAAGGGAACCUUGUGGUGGCUGUCCCACCCUGCCACGGGGUCUCGCGCCAGAGAUGGGGGAGUCCUUGUGGGCUCGGAGCACAGCUCGGAGCCUCAAGGAAUGCACGAAUUAAGGAGCCACAUGGGGAGAAGAGCUCUUUCUGUAGCCCAGGAGCUCGGUUGUUCAUAGUUAUUUAUUAAUUCCAGACCGUUUAGUUUCUCUCACUUGCGUAUGGAAAAAAGAAGAAAUCACUUGGUGUGUCUGUGCAUGCACGUCCGUGUGUGCACAUACACGUGUGGGGGUGUAUAUGUAUUUUAAAAUUACGUAUACACAGAUUUUGAGCUGGUUUAGUCAGACUCCAUGGUGCCUUUGCAGCGAAGCUGGAAUGAGUCAUGUGCAGUUAGAAGUGAGAUAGCUCUGACUCACUGGUGUGCUGCCCACCAGCUCCUUGCCAAAGAGAUGCCAGACAGCAGUUUUCCAUGAGGGCUGGGAAGCUGCGAGGUUUCCGCCAAGGGCUGCCAUCCUCCUGAUGACGUCAAGGGCUCACUUGCCUGAUGACAUCAAGGUUUACCCCUGGAAUUGUCCUUUCCCUGUUUGCAGCAAGACCAGUGCCUGUCAUGCAGUGUUCGUUGUUCUUGUGGCUCUGUUGUGUCUGUGACCUGUUAGACACCUUGCACCCUUCAAAAGAAGAUUGAGAAGGUUGAGUUUUUUUGUGCUAAGGGGAAAAAAAAGAGGGAAUUUUUAGGGAUCUGCUGCCCACCCCAGAGCUGAAUUGGGCUAUAACCACUGUAAGCACAGCAUUACCAACCAUGUCGCUGCACCAGAACUUUGGUGGUUCCAGGCUGCUCCCUGCCUGCAGGUUUGACAGGGCUCCCCUGCUUUGUGUGCUUGUGCUGCCCCAGCAGUGCCAUCCCUGCUUUGGGACAGUGGUGGUAGGAGCUGUUGGGAUGGCCACAAAUGGCUCCAUAGCAUCAGGGUAAGGGCUUGAGUAGUGGAAGCCCAGUCUGGGAGUGUCAACAGUGACAAUACCCUGGAGACAUUGCGCAAAUGCCCUAGAGCUGUGAGGGGUGACUUAAGUUUACCAGGAAAAAGCUGCCUUUCAGGUGUCCUCGUGCUCUGCGGGUGAUGAGGGGACCUCUUACGAGGACUCUCAGUGGAGGUGGGGGAUGCAGAGCUGAGCUUUGUGCAAGCCUGCUGAGAUAUCUUCCCAACUAGUUAGAGCAGCAAAGUGGGGCUGAUGGCACAGGCAUAGGACAGAUUUGACUUCUCGUGGUAGCAGAGACAAGAUCAGCAGUGAGGGAAAAUCCUGGGAUUUAAAACUUUUCUCAUGAAGCCACACAAUUUGCUUCGUGCUGUGCACUUGGGAAGGGCUUGCUUGGCUCUGGGCUGGAGGUGCAGGCAGUCCAAGCUCAAGGGGCUGGUGAGCUUGGCCUUUUCCCAGGAUCGAUGCUUGUGCCACUGUGUUUCAGUGUCAGCAGGGCUGAAGUAGUCAGUCACAUCUCCAGGGAGCUCUCACUGUACUGGCCACAGUCACUCCUGGUCAGCAAACAGCAAAGCAGCUUUAGUGGGAGAAGAUUUGAGUUUUUUGUGCUAAGGCAAAAAAAAGGGGGGAUUUCUGGGGGUGUGCUUCCCAUCUCAAAGGUGGGAUGGGCUGUAAAUACGUGUAACCAGCCUGGUGUGCCCAAGCAUGUGGUGGGGAAUACAGCAGAAGAAACUUGAGGAGAGCCACUGUGUGUAGUAGGGAUGAAUUUGAAAUCCUUUGUGUGGUUUUGCAUGUUAUUUUGAGAACUUUGCAUCCUUUGCAGGCUGCUCUUUCUCUGAGCAACCAUCCUAUCAUGUCACACACAGUCUUUCUUCCAUCAGCAUUAACAGAUACUGCAGAAUUCCCCAAAAUUGUUUUUUUUUUAACUCUGUGGACUGCAAACAAAAAUGUUUUUGGCAUCUUUUACCUCCUCACGUUGUUUUCCCUAGUUUCUUACCAUGAACUAUAAACUAGAUGUGAUUUCUGACAAAGCAGGCAGCUUGCCACAUUUUGCUUCAUAAACAGCUCAGUGUCACUGCAAAUAGCUCUCCAAAAGCAGGAGCCCCUCUAAGACCAGUAUCAGCUGGACAGUGGGGGCUCUGCAGGUCAGGUGGUGGCAGGAGGCUCCCUCGGAGCACUUCUGGUUCUGAGCCAUUACUUGAAGAGUCUUUGGUAUGUUUGGGGCAUCACUCCAGGCACUGAUUGCUUUUACCUCCUGGCUGCUCCCAUGGCCCUCCCCAGAUUAUCCUGCAUGUUUAUCCAUAAAACAGGGGUUUUGCCUGUGUGAGGGGGUCAAACUGAUGAACUGAGCCAAGACGUCUAGAACUGAAACCCUUCCCCUUAACCACUAGACCAUCAAAAUGCACAGGCAUCGUGCAGAUGUCUGCUCAUGCUGUUCCUUCAUCUUUCUCUUGUGGGAUGAGGGAUACAUAAAGCUCUGGGCUAACCAGGCUUGUUUCUCUACCUUCACAAAGCAGAACAAGAAUCUCCUCAUCUGUGACAAUUUUUGCUUCACUGAUCUUUUCCACAACUAGUUUUUCACCAGGAAAAGUUCAGAGCGAUCGUUUGUGGUUACUUUGGGCUGGAAUAUGUUUUGGGAAGCGGGAUAUUGCUGUGUAGGAUCCUGACAGUGUCAGGUUUUGGUGGUGAUGCUCUGUGACUGGGGGUGAAUUGGCAAAAGGGAGGAUCCAUCCCAUACAUGAGUAAUACUGGAUAGCUGCAACCUGCCUCUCCAUGGUAUCGAGGUGUUUGUGGUCCUCAGGCAAUUCCGCUGCUUGGGAAUUGCAGGAAGAGGACCAAGGCCAUCCCAUAAAGAGCUUUGGAUUUUCUAAAAAAAGAACUCUUAAUUCUUUUCACAAAUGCAACGUUUUCUUGUUUGCAUAGAAAAAUCAGUGUAAACUUGGGAAAAUCUUUUACAGGCUUUCCUUCCAUCGUUCAAUUUUAACACUCUUGGCUCACUCCCUCUUCUUUUUCUAAAUCCAAUAUUUGUAGGAGCUUUGCAGCCAGACAAUAACAUGUGUGGGCAGAGGGGAGAUGUGCAGAGCUCUGUCCAAGUGACCCUGGAGUCCUCAGUGAUCAAUCUUUCACUGAGUCUGGAAAACUGUGAUGUUCCAAAUGCCACCUUGGGAGGUCCAGCUUAAGAACAAUUCCUCAGGUGCUUUUAUUCUUGCAAUUGGGACACGUUUUCAGCUGGGUCUGGUGCGGAGGGGGACAGGCAAAGUGGUGUAAUUCUGAGCCAUAGUCCAGGUGCCUUCAAUCUGUCCUCUAAGAAGCUCUUCACUGUGAAUUACCUUGAUCAUCUGUCUUCAUUCCACAGGAGCAGCUCAGUGCUCAGUUGGUCUUAAGUCUCAGGAGUUUACACUUUUCAGGAGUGCCUUUUUUGGGGAUUUUAGAAACUAAAAUCUCUCUGAAAUGUUUUUUUCUGCUCUUUCAUUUAAUUUUUUUAAUGUCCUUCUUUUACUCUUAGUGAUGGUUCUUAACUUGGCUCGCAGACGGUUUUUUGGAAACCUUCCUGUGGUCCUGAAUGUGCUGUGAGAAAAACUAACAACUGCCUGUUCCAGACUACCACCGAGGGUAGUCUGUGUAUUAGCUGGAGCACAAAUCUGAUCGUUCUGCCUGCUUUGGUUCAUGCAGUGAAAGUGGAGUUGGAAUGACAUCUAGUGGCAAAUCGUGGUGUGUCCUUGUCCAGGCACAGCCCUCUCCUCGCUGUGUCCCCACUGGUUCUGGGUGAGAUGCUCUUCGAAGAGUAAAGGGAAUUAGGGUUGUCUGUCUUUUGGAACUUAGCAGUACUGUGUAAAACAAUCCCAUCCUUUUGUCCUGGGAGUUUGGCUGCUCUCUUGGGGGAGAGAAUUGCAGCUUCGAAGAAUGUGGUGUGUUGAUUCCUUGAUUUUUAUUAUUUUCGUUGAGGGUUAUUGGAAAUGAAUGUGAAAAAGUCUGCCAGAAAUUGCGUUAGGGGGUCUAAAGAUUUGCAUCCAGAUUUUUGAGUGCGUAGUGUAUUUUCCUAAAACAGCAGCUACCAGUCCAUGUUUGAUUUACUUCUCACUCAAACUUCUAAAAAUCUUAACAGAUCAACCCAGCGGGGGUAGAAACCACCCUUCCUUCAAUCCUGAAGAAGUCUGUGCUAUUUAACACUGCAAUUGUGAUAGCAUCCAGAUGCUCCUGCUGGUUCCUACUCUGUGUUGUUCUUGGAAGCACACAACUGUAUGUGAAGGAAAGCUUGAGAGCCUUGUGAGGAGCUUAAGCCCAGGCAAGAGGGCUCAGACCUGCUGGCUUUGGUGAUGAUGAGGAAACCAGCUGCAGUGUAGGGCCUGCUUCACAUGUUUGUUCUGGACGUGAUAAACCUUCACACUCUUCUUUGGAAUCUGGGUACUUGCCUCUUUUAGGUCACAUAUUUUCUGUUCUGGUAAUUUACACUAUUUCUUAGGUCCUGCUCCAUUUCUCAAUCCUGUUUUCUACCCGGAUGUUUGGCUGCAGUACUGAGAGAAUCAACUUUUGCCUGAUGCACAAACUGGAAUAGGAAUGAUGGUUCACUUGGCUGCUGGGCAGCAUCGCUGGGUUUGGCUUGCAGGAGCUGUGGUGAGUCCUGGGGCAAGGUAAAAGCUUCUGUAUGUGCCUUUGAGGACCUGCAGUGCAGGCUCAGCUCAGUCUUAUACCAGGUAGGGCAACUGCUCUGUGGCUGUUACAGGCUUCUGAUUAGGCUGUGUGGGGCUAUGUUAUUUUAAGUAAUUAUACUAGAGAUUUGGAGGAUUUGAGGUGGGAUAAAUUAAAAUCUCAAUUGUUUGCCCUAAUUUAGUUUUCUGAAUGAUGCAAAGCAACACAGACAUUGGCUUCUUUGGCACCAGUGUGAGCUCUAGAAUUUGCAGGGAGGAUGGUUGUGUCCAGACCUCUCACUCACUCAGCUUUCUCCUGGAGAAUGUCACAAAGUGCCUGCACCACUCCAUGUGUGUACCCCACCCCAAGUUGCCUUCACCACUCUUGGGAGGGUUUUGGUGCUUUUUUUGACCACUCAGUCUCCACUUUCACCCUGCAUUAAGAGUGCAGCGCUCCGAGGCGGGUGCCUGCAUGUCAACUGUGCCUUACUGUGCAGGAAACUUCCCAAAGAAAUAAAUGUGAACACCAGGGAUGUGCGGUGGCAACGGCAUCGUGGAGCUUGAUGCCUUCUGCCCUCGGUGUGCCAAGGGCAGUGGGAGCUCUGCCUGGUGACAAUUGUCCCUUGUCCCACUGUCCCCCCCCGCCUGGUGAUACUGUAGUUCCCUCGUGUGUGACGAGCGAGCUCUGGCUGCUGUUGCAGGCAUCGUUGCACUGUUUGUCUGCUGAAUGGGGAAUGGAUCCGUGGAGCAGACCCACGGCCCCAGCAAGGUGUGUUACAAACCCGCAGCUCCUGCGCAGACGCCCAGAUGCCAUGAGUUUUCCUGUUGCCUUUCACUACGGAAAGACACCUCCCGGGAAGCUCUUGGGAUCGGAGAUCUUCCGGCACUUGAUGUUAUUUUUGGUUGCCCAGUUUCCGGUGCUGGGUUGGAACAGUUUGGAAGCGACUCCGGUCUCAUCCAGUCGGUCUCCUCACAGAACUGCCUUGAGAACUGUCCCAUUCCGUGCCUUGCCUUUCGAGUCUUGGCUUGGCUCUAAGGACUGUCCUGUCGGAUGAGGUCGGACCUAUUGUAAUUAGUCUGUAAUGUUCAAGUUAGAGUGUACAGAAUUAUUUAUUUGGUGUACUCGGUCUGCUAAAACAUGUCCAUGUAUUCUGUGUA